AGGUUUCUGUCCUCUACGUUGUACAUCAGUGGGAUUCACUCUGCUGGAACAAAAUAAUGUCGUCUUCAACCCACUGAAGGAAAGGGAAUAUUUGUUCAUGCUUAUGAUGAUUUGACAGAAUUAACGUUUUAUUAACCAUGAUGGCAACACAGACAUUAAGUAUAGACAACUAUCAAGAUGGACAACAGAUGCAAGUAGUAACUGAGUUAAAAACUGAACAAGAUCCCAACUGCUCUGAAACUGAUGCAGAAGGGGUGAGUCCUGCCCCUGUAGAAUCUCAAACUCCAAUGGAUGCAGACAAGCAGGCCAUUUACAGGCACCCACUAUUUCCCUUAUUAGCACUAUUAUUUGAAAAAUGUGAACAAUCUACACAAGGCUCAGAAGGCACAACUUCUGCUAGUUUUGAUGUAGAUAUUGAAAAUUUUGUAAGGAAGCAGGAGAAAGAAGGAAAACCCUUUUUCUGUGAAGAUCCAGAAACUGAUAAUUUGAUGGUAAAAGCAAUCCAAGUUCUACGUAUCCAUCUGCUUGAGCUAGAAAAGGUUAAUGAACUCUGCAAGGAUUUCUGUAGUCGUUACAUUGCCUGCCUGAAGACAAAAAUGAACAGUGAAACUCUAUUAAGUGGAGAGCCUGGAAGUCCUUAUUCACCUGUGCAAUCUCAGCAAAUUCCAAGUGCCAUUGCAGGCACACUCAGUCCCCAAGGGAUUAUGGUGCCAGCAUCAGCAUUGCAGCAGGGAAAUGUAACUAUGGCAACAGUAGCAGGGGGGACAGUGUAUCAGCCAGUCACUGUGGUCACUCCACAAGGUCAAGUGGUGACACAGGCACUGUCACCUGGGACUAUUCGUAUCCAGAACUCUCAGCUUCAGUUGCAAUUAAACCAAGAUCUAGGCAUCUUGCAUCAAGAUGAUGGCUCAUCAAAAAAUAAAAGAGGAGUUCUUCCCAAGCACGCUACAAAUGUGAUGAGGUCUUGGCUUUUUCAGCACAUAGGGCAUCCAUAUCCGACAGAGGAUGAGAAGAAACAGAUUGCAGCACAAACAAAUCUGACACUACUCCAGGUUAACAAUUGGUUUAUCAAUGCUAGAAGGCGAAUUCUUCAGCCAAUGCUGGAUUCCAGUUGUUCUGAAACUCCAAAAACAAAGAAGAAAACAGCUCAGAACCGACCGGUUCAGAGGUUCUGGCCUGACUCCAUUGCCUCAGGAGUUGCUCAGCAGCAAUCUAACGAGCUCACGAUGUCAGAUGGUGCUGUUGUCACAAUUACAGCUCCAGUCAACAUGAAUGUAGACAGUCUCCAGUCUUUGUCAUCUGAUGGUGCUACUUUGGCUGUUCAGCAAGUUAUGAUGGCAGGGCAAAGUGAGGAUGAGUCAGUAGACAGCGGUGAAGAUGAUGGAGGAGAUCUCUCAACAACAAAUAUCAGUGGUCUGGUCUUGGAUAACAGCGAUUCUCUGCAGUAGGAAGCAAGAGAGUGUGACAAAAUGUUUAGGAAAAAGAAUGGACUGACUGACUGUUUUUAUAGUUUGCACAGCAAACAUUUUACACAAGUUUUAUUUCUAAUAUGUUUUAUAUGUAGAUAUAGAAGGGUGCACUUUUUUGUAUUUCAUAGUAAGCUUAAAGAGUGUUUUUGCAGGUGCAGUAACUUCUUUCAAAUGUGUUUUUUCAUUUCUUUUCUUAUUUCAGAAAAUUAUAUCUAGUAAUAUAAAGAACCACAUAAGCACCCCUUUGUUCCAUGAAUUGGAAGUGCUGCAAUUUCUAAAGAAUUAUGCAGUUUCAAUUAGUGCUGUUAUUUAACACAGCUCUUGAUGGGCAGGUGAUGUAAAUUUGAAGCAUGUGACACUAGUGUGUGGAACUUGAUCAUUAAGUUAGAUGCAUAUAUUUGAAAGAUGCUUCUGCACCUUAAAAACUGCUAGUCUGAGGUGGACAGCAACACACAUAAAAAGAAA